ACCAGGCGGAGUCUGGCGGCCGCUCUGUUGGAGAACAGGACCGCUCGCUCUGAGGCGAAGCGUCGCGGACACAAACGCAGCGCCCGCGUGUAGCUUUGCUCCGCCGCCGACCAAUCUGCACAAACGCCACGUGGCGUCGGUCAACUUUUAUUUAUCCGCUGGCAUUUGGAAUUGCAAAAGCGGUUACACCCGAUGCUCUUGUAGCGGACGGACAAGCAUUUUCAACGGCUACUAUUUGUCAUGGGUGUAGAUAGAUGAACUAAAAUAUGCAUUUGGUUAAGAAUUAUUUCCUUGAAAUAAGUCAUCAUUUCCCCAUGCGUGCCGGUGAAUGUGCUCAAAGCAAUGUAGACUGCGGGUGAGCUCACCUCCAUUUUUAAAGUGCGAAUUGCCCUCCUCCUUCAAGGUGAGACUGUGCAGCCGUCGGCUCUGAAGUCAGCAAAAAAAAUGAAAAAAGGCGAGCGAGCGAGCGAGCGAGCGCGCGCGGGUGUAUUUCAACGUUGAUCGACGUUUACCUCCUCCUCCUCCUCUGUCAAUUUGUCCUCUUCCUCGACGUCGGAAUCAUCUUCAAGCGUGUGUUUGGCCUCCGUCUCCGGCCGCCUUCUGUCCUCGUCUCCACGCUCCAGAGACUCUUGGCAGUCAAAAAAGUCCUCUCUGUCCAAAGUGUCCUCCUCCUCGUCCCCCGGCCUGCUCAUGCUCCACAGGGGGGAAAAAAGAUGGUACGUCACUUGGGUGCAGUUGUCGGUGGCAGGGAGAACCGCGCGCGGCUCUAUCCUACAAUGCUAGCUCGCCUUCACGAACCGAGAAGAGGUUCAAAAUGGGAUGCGGAAUGACGUUGUUUACUCACGGAGUCUGUGGCUAUAGGUUGAAGAAUCUAAUGUAAACGCGCAGAUAGCAGCAGCACCCCCCCUCCUCCUCCCCCCCGUCGCGAUGUCAAAUCAUAGCAGGCGCUCCAAAGGUCUUCGUUAGGUGAAAUGGAGAAGAAAAACGGCUUUGUCACCUACCUUAAAGCAACGUUAGCCUUCGAUCGAUGUAGCCAUAGAGAUCGUGUAUUUCAAGCUAGAUGUCAGAUGGCCGCCGCUGUGACAGCAAAGCGGACAGCCAUUUCGGCUUACUGGUCACGUUCAAGUCAAACGGACUUUGAAAUGGCUAGCAAUUUUCUAAUGGCUCGGCUCGUCAUCAAUAUUAAACAUACAGCACAAUUCAAAAGUUGAACUCUCAUUUUAGAGGAGCAAAUCGCCCACCGUUACGUCAGUUGCUGUAAUGCGCGUCAAAGAAGUUUCACCGACGCAAGAUGGACGCUAGCUCUUUGCGCAGCAGACGCCAGCUUUCAACAUCUAGCUCCAUAUGAUGUCUGCGAUUUGAGCAAAGUACUUCCGCGUGGCCUUCCCUCUUGCCUCUUCUAUGUUUCUUGUAAUGACCACAGAAAUGGCAGUUUCUAGUGACCAAACGUCCUCUUUUGUCCGUCCACUUUUUCCAUCUGUCCGGCGGGCUUUUAUAAAUUCAUGAACAUUCUCUGCACAGAAUACUACUGUGCUGCCCGUGACGUGUUCCCAGAGAGCCUGGUUCUGCUUUGCUCGCUCGGUAAUAACUAGGGUUGGGAAUCUCUGGCAUGAAGCCGAUUCGAUAUGUAUCUAGAUACACAGGUUACGAUUCGAUUAAAAAACGAUACAUUUUUAAGGCCGAGCGAUUCGAUACGAUUCGAUAUAGUUUAAGAACGAUACGGUUCGAUACAGAGUGAAAACGAUACGAUAGUAAACAUUUGUUGUGUGUGUUCGUACAGUAUUUUAAAAAUAUAAAAAAGACCACAUUUUUUAAUAGCAAAAUUAACAAAAUUUCAUACCAAUGUUAUGUUUUAUUUUUUAUGAGAAAAAAAAUAAGGCUUACUAUAUGACCGUCAUUUUCUUGGAUGGGACUGAUAAUACAAUAAAACUCCAGUCACAGACAACAAUAAAGUGCAGUAACUCAAUUACUGUAUUUCCUGGUGUUUUUAACACAAGAGGUAAGUAAUUUAAGUACAAACUUUUAAUGUAAACAUCUAACAAACAAAAAAUAUUAAUUAUAUGCAGCAGCUCUUGAAAAAAAAAAUUAAACCUGCUAGUGUUAUCAUAAAUAAAUAAUAAAUGAUGCUUUUCGACUGGUAUAAUUGGGGGAAUAAAAACAUAGCAUUUUCGACAGGUCAAUAAUCAUUACUUUAACCUAAUACACAGCAAAGUCAUUCACUUAUGCCCGUGCUUCCUCAUUUUUUAUUGCUCAUCACUGUCCAUAUCUUUUUAAGCAGACUGCGUUUCGUGGAAACAAUAUGCCGCCCUUUCCAGCAUUGUAGUGGGUUAUUUUUCAGGGUUAAAAACUCACGAUUUCUGUACCACUCCACACUUCACACAAGCUCUGUCCCAUGCGAACAGAUCUGGCUGCCUUCAUCACCUCAAAGUCUGACUUUUGUUUUCCUGGGUGCGUUGAAAAUCAAUCACAGCACGUCGCUGCCGUCGGUGAUCACACUGUCCAUUGUUUUAGCAUGUUGCUUCGUUGCCACUACUAGUUUCGUUUUCGUUUUGGGCUGUGAAGAAAACGCUACACUGCGUACGUUACAGUGGUUUCGUUAGCUCUCGCGUUGUUAUGACACGCCCGUGACGAUCAGGUAAUGACGGCGACUAGUAGCGGUUCUGCCGAAAUGCAUGGGAAGUAACUUGUGGCAACCACGACUAAAGGCUCGAGCGUUUACGUCACAGCAACACGGGAUCAUGCGAGAUUUGCGACAACGCACGUCUGCAUCACGGGACAUUGCAACUUUACGGCAAAUACAAAUCAACUACGAGUGCCAAAGAUGGAAAAAAACGUGCCAGUUCGAUACAGAGACAAACUUGUUAUUAUGGCGAAGGACAGAUAUGUGAGCAAACUUAAGGAUGUGAACAAUGUUGAACCUUACGAGCAAGCCAAACAGCAAUGGAAUAAAGAUGUCGACAAGCUUCCACCACUACGCGAAAUGGACAUCAUGCUGUAUUUAGUGUAAGUUACUACACUCAUCAGCAAUUCCGAAACUACAAAUCGCUACAAAGCUACAAACAGUUUUGCUGCGGAUGGGUGAAGGACCUGCACAUUAUGACCGUAGCAAACGGCAACAUCAGCGUUCUUGCAAAGGACUCGUCCCAGUUCCCCGAAGCCAAAAAGCCGCUUCUAAAAUAGCCGGCGGGUGAGCCAGCCCGGCCCAGCCCACUCUGAUCUGGUCCGGUCUCGUCCGGCCCACCGCGGUCAUCGUCCAGCCCUCUUGCGUCUAUGCGUGGGGAGGACACACGCCACGGAGCGAGUGCAAGAAGAAGCACGGGCAGGGCAGCAUCUGAUCCGCUCCAGCGAGGGACCCGCUAAAACCUGAGUCUCCGCCCGGCCCGGCCCAGCAGCCAUGAGUCGCAGCAUCGUGCGGCAGAGCAAGUUCCGCCACGUCUUCGGCCAGAGCGUCAAGGCCGAACAGAGCUACGACGACAUUCGCGUCUCCAAAGUGACGUGGGACAGUUCCUUCUGCGCCGUCAACCCCAAGUUUCUGGCCGUCAUCGUGGAGUCGAGCGGGGGCGGCGCCUUUUUAGUCAUUCCCCUCGCCAAGGUGGGUCGCGUGGACAAGAACUACCCUCUGGUCAUCGGACAUUCCGGGCCCGUUCUCGAUAUCGACUGGUGUCCCCAUGACGACAACGUGUUGGCCAGCGGAUCGGAGGACUGCACCGCCAUGGUGUGGCAGAUACCCGAUCACUCGCUGGUCCGCCCCCUCACCGACCCGAUCGCGGUACUGGAGGGCCACUCCAAGCGGGUCGGCAUCGUCAGCUGGCACCCGACCGCGCGCAACAUACUGCUCACCGCAGCCAGCGACAACCUGAUCAUUGUGUGGAACGUGGCCACGGGGGAGCCCCUCAUUUCCAUGGACGACCACCCCGACCUCAUCUACAGCAUCAGCUGGAACAGGAACGGAAGCUUGUUCUGCACUACCUGCAAGGACCGGCGCCUGCGCGUCUGCGACCCCCGCAAGGCCGAAGUGGUGGCGGAACGUUUGGCUCCUCACGAGGGCAUCCGACCCAUGAGAGCCAUCUUCACCCGAGACGGGAAUAUUUUCACCACGGGAUUCACCAGGAUGAGCCAGAGGGAGCUGGGGCUCUGGGACCCGACCAAUUUUGAGGAGCCGAUUGCACUUUUGGAGUUGGACACCAGCAACGGCGUCUUGUUACCGUAUUACGAUCCGGACGCCAACAUGGUCUACUUGUGCGGCAAGGGCGACAGUAGCAUCCGUUACUUUGAGAUAACGGAGGAGCCACCCUACGUACACUACCUUAACACCUUUAGUAGCAAAGAGCCACAGCGGGGGAUGGGUUUCAUGCCCAAGAGAGGAGUGGACGUCAGCAAGUGCGAGAUUGCCAGGUUGUACAAGUUGCACGACAAGAAGUGUGAGCCCAUCGCAAUGACCGUGCCCAGAAAAUCGGAUCUUUUCCAAGACGACCUGUACCCGGACACGGCGGGCCCUGAGCCCGCCAUGGAGCCAGAGGAGUGGCUGGAGGGCCAAGAUCACGACCCCGUGCUGGUGUCCAUGAAGGGGGGCUACGUGCCGCCGAAGAGUCGCGAGCUCAAAGUGACCAGGAAAAACCCGCUGGACGCCAGGCCCGCCGCCACACGCCGCAGUAUGUCCACGUGCGAUGCCGCCAGCCUGCCGCCCGAGCUGCUGGAGAGGUUGCUGGAGGAGAUCCGGCACCUGAAGGCCACAGUGUUGUCUCAGGAGAAGCGAAUCUGCGACUUGGAAAACAGACUGUCCCAGUACGCCAACGGGACGGCCUGACGGGGCGGGACGAGCUCGCUCGCUCGCUCGCGCUCCCUCCCUUUUCGGAAAGGACCCUAUCUGACUUUUGUCCAACGCUGGCCAAAACUGCCGUGAGGAGCGCCGCGCCCUCCGCACCGUUGGUACGAUCGGAAACGUGCCAGACCUUUAAUCACAGAGACCAACUCUUUUAGCCCUUCUCUUCCAAACCGGGAGUAGGGCCGUGCGUUUGAGGGACACGCCGAGCUGGUAGCGUCAAUAGAAGGGGACAAAGGACCGCUCGCUCGGAAAAUUCAGCAGUACGUAAGUUUGAAUAUGUAACGCGGCUCUAAUUUACCGCCUCGCGUCGGUUCAUCUCACGGCCCUUCGUAACGACACGCAAAUAGACGCGAGAAACAAAAUGCCAUCAACAUGUAGCGACAUGAGAUUUUCUGUGAAAGAUUUGACUAGCGAUGAGAUAAUAAAGUGUGUUUUUUAGAUUUGCCUUCUUCAAUCGACUGAACAAUUUUCCCAACGCCAGUUUUAUUGUCAUUUUGGAACAAUGUUUAAAUGAAGUCAGCAUAUCAAAGCAAUCCCGCAAAUAUACAUAUAUGUACAGUAUUGGUCUGCAGUUCAAGUAUGCAGGGGUACGCAAAUGUGGCCAUAGUUCACACCGCUGCGUCUUCAAAUUUGGCAUAUGUGGAACAAACAGGCAUUCUAGAAUGGAUUGCAAAGUAGUUUACUUCAGCUAGCCUUGCCGCAGCGGUGGAUUUUGGCCACUAGGAAGAGGUACACGCAUACCGCGAGGCUAAUAAUGUGAGCUGGCGGCCAUUUCUCGAAUGGACUUCACCACGCGUUCAGGCUCCGCGUGACUCCGAGCGCCAGGGCGAUCGCGACGUAGCCGAGGCCCGACAGCGGCGGAAUAGAGGAGGGGCCCCCCGAGGUGGCGGUGAAGGCGUUGAAGGAGCACGUGUCCACGUUGCCCACGCGAUCCGCCACCAGGAGCUCCAAGUCGGGCGAGUCGCACGACGCGUUGUAUGUGGCCAGGAUGCCGUCGGGGGCCGGCGUGAGCAGCAGAGUUCCGUCGCCUCUCGUACGGUUGACCCGCUCCACGCCCGUCCCGUCGGGACCGU